GGGGGCAGCUUCAGCCUUCGUGAGUCAAGAUGACGCGCGACCGCCUUUGACGUCAUGGGCUAGGCCCGAUCGGGCAAGGACUCGCUAACGGGCCCGGAUCCCCGAAGCAGCGGCGAUGACGUCAUGGCGAGUCUUGAUCGGGACUGACGUAUUUGCUGGAGCGCGACUGAUCGAUCGGUCCAAUUUCCUCCAUCGCCGGAUGACGUACAUGUUGUCCCCCCCCCUUCUAUCCCCAAAGAGCAGGUCUUCUUUGCGAUUCUUUCCUUUCUUUGUCAUGUCGUGCGUGCAUGCCGUGGGUCUUAGAUCUCCUCCUGUUUAUUAUUAUUGUUUAUUGUGCUUGUGGAAUAUUCGGAUUUAUUGUCAUUGUGUCAUUGGGUCAUUGGGAAUUCGGUUGCAUCAAAAGAAGCAUCAUCAUUACUAACUCCCCUUCCACGGCGGGGACUCGGUCUGUUUUCGAGCCAGCACGGCCUGGCGGUUACGAAUCCUUUUGUUUGGUUACGCUGUACUAUACUGGGACUUUACCGUGUAUGAUUGUUACGUUGUGAUGUGUCGCACGUUUUGAUAUUUUUUUAUCUUUUCUUU